AUUGCCUUCAUUGUUGGUCGCAUCUGUCACUUUGUGGACAGGAUGACAUGAAUGGAUGGGCCGGACACACCUUCCGUCCCAGUAGUGAAAACCCUGCCGGGAUCUGCAGACUGCUCCCGGACGCAGCCAGAGGCGCCGCUGAGGGCUAGGGACGCACCCAGCUGCCCAGAUCAUCCUGCCUGCGCCCUGUCCCUGCGCACUCUCCUCCCCGGGCAGCGGGCACGCACCAUGCUGCCCAGCGCUGUGGCGGCCCAGGCCGGAGCCUACUGGGAUGUGGUGGCGUCCUCCGCACUCCUCGGCCUCCCCGCGCCAGGCUUUGGCAGCCUGGGCAAGAGUUUCCUGAUCGAGAACUUGCUGCGCGCAGGAGCCGGGCCCACGCACGCGCCCCCGCCUCCGCGUCCGGCGCCGGGUCCCGAGUGUCCGCAGCUGCGGUCGCUGCCUGCCAGCCCAGUGCCGCUCAAGCUGUGCCCGGCAGGGCCCUACGGUGGUGCACGGUGGGCCUUCCAGAUGCCCCCUGGCCGGGCUCCGGGGGAGCGAGACAGUGCCUUCCAGCCCUCAGCCCAAGUGCCUUCCAAACCUUUUCUUCUGAGUGCCCCGCCAUUCUACUCUGCGUGCUGCGGUGGGUCCUGCAGGAGCCCUGCCUCCCCCACAGCUUUUUCAAGAGAAGAGCAAAGGCCGCCUCUGCUGACCCAGGACUCCCAUUCCAAAGCUCGAAGGGGGAUUUUAAGAAGAGCUGUGUUCUCGGAGGACCAGAGAAAGGCUCUGGAGAAAAUGUUUCAGAAGCAGAAAUACAUCAGCAAAACAGACCGAAGGAAACUCGCUAUCAGCUUGGGACUGAAGGAAUCACAGGUGAAGAUUUGGUUCCAGAACAGAAGGAUGAAAUGGCGGAACUCCAAAGAAAAGGAAGUACUCUCCAACAGGUGCCUCCAGGAAGUGAGCCUUCAAGAAGACCAGCUGGCACGGCCAGCUGUGAGCCUUCUUCCUCAGUGCCCUUCCAUCUGGGAAGUCUCCCAGCCACACUCAAGUCCCAGCUGGCAGGAGAAUUCCCCAGAACCCACAGAAAGACUGACACAGGAGAAUUCAGGGGUGCCAGAAGCAAAUUCACUCCGAGGUGCCUUGUACUUGUGUCCUGAGAAGGAAGCUGGGGACAACGAUGGCUUCAGUAGCGCCAUGUGAAGGGCGCAUGCUCCAUGCUCAUCUAAAAGAACCGUAGCCAGUAACAUUUGGAUUAAAGCCAGUUAGAUUGUGCCUCAAAACUGCCUUAAACUAACCCUCUGGCAUGAUGGCUGAGCUGAUGCCUAAGGAGAGCCACUCUGCUGUUUUUUAUUUAGCCCUAGGCUGAGGCUGAAAGUAUAAAUGGAAUAGACCCUCCCAGAAGGUACGAUAGGACUGAAAGAAUGAGAGCCAGCAUCAGCCCCGAACGUGUUCUGAGUACAUGUAUAUAUGCGUGUCUGUGUGUAUGUAUUAAUGCUCAUUAAAUGCAUUAGAAGAAAACAGUUCUCUCCAAGUUUUACAUGGAGCAAACACACUUCUUUUUAUAUGAAGGAAAACAGAAAUAAAACCAUUGAACAAAUGUUAAUUUUUCAAAUGAUGUAAAUUUUGGGCUUCAGUGGCACACAAUUAAUUAUAUUUGUAAAAAUCCUCCUCUUCCGGCUUCUGUGGUCUCCAGCUGUAAAGGAAUUCUGGCAAGCUCAGCAGCCCUCGCCAAAUGAGCCAUGGUUAGGCAC